AUGUAUAUAAAGAUGGCCACGUUAGCAAACGGACAGGCUGACAACGCGAGCCUCAGUACCAACGGGCUCGGCAGCAGUCCGGGCAGCGCUGGGCACAUGAACGGAUUAAGCCACAGCCCGGGGAACCCGUCGACCAUUCCCAUGAAGGACCACGAUGCCAUCAAGCUGUUCAUUGGGCAGAUCCCCCGAAACCUGGAUGAGAAGGACCUCAAGCCCCUCUUCGAGGAGUUCGGCAAGAUCUACGAGCUUACGGUUCUGAAGGACAGGUUCACAGGCAUGCACAAAGGCUGCGCUUUCCUCACCUACUGCGAGCGUGAGUCAGCGCUGAAGGCCCAGAGCGCGCUGCACGAGCAGAAGACCCUGCCCGGGAUGAACCGGCCGAUCCAGGUGAAGCCUGCGGACAGCGAGAGCCGAGGAGGUAGUAGCUGCCUGCGCCAGCCCCCUUCACAUAGAAAACUCUUCGUGGGUAUGCUCAACAAGCAGCAAUCCGAGGACGACGUGCGCCGCCUCUUCGAGGCCUUCGGGAACAUCGAGGAGUGCACUAUCCUGCGCGGGCCGGACGGCAACAGCAAGGGGUGCGCCUUUGUGAAGUACUCCUCCCAUGCUGAGGCACAAGCUGCCAUCAAUGCUCUACACGGCAGCCAGACCAUGCCUGGAGCCUCCUCCAGCCUGGUGGUCAAGUUUGCAGACACUGACAAGGAGCGCACGAUGCGGCGGAUGCAGCAGAUGGCUGGCCAGAUGGGCAUGUUCAACCCUAUGGCCAUCCCCUUCGGGGCCUACGGUGCCUACGCUCAGGCACUGAUGCAGCAGCAAGCAGCCCUCAUGGCCUCGGUUGCGCAAGGAGGCUACCUGAAUCCCAUGGCUGCCUUCGCUGCCGCCCAGAUGCAGCAGAUGGCGGCCCUCAACAUGAAUGGCCUGGCAGCCGCACCUAUGACCCCAACCUCAGGUGGCAGCACCCCUCCAGGCAUCACUGCACCAGCUGUGCCUAGCAUCCCAUCCCCCAUCGGGGUGAAUGGCUUCACCGGCCUCCCCCCACAGGCCAAUGGGCAGCCUGCUGCGGAAGCUGUGUUUGCCAAUGGCAUCCACCCAUACCCAGCACAGAGCCCCACCGCAGCGGACCCCCUGCAGCAGGCCUACGCUGGAGUGCAGCAGUAUGCAGGACCUGCCUACCCUGCUGCCUAUGGUCAGAUAAGCCAGGCCUUUCCUCAGCCACCGCCAAUGAUUCCCCAGCAACAGAGAGAAGGGCCCGAGGGCUGCAACCUGCUCAUCUACCAUCUGCCCCAGGAGUUUGGGGACGCUGAGCUGAUGCAGAUGUUCCUCCCUUUCGGUAAUGUCAUCUCCUCGAAAGUGUUUGUGGAUCGGGCGACUAACCAAAGUAAAUGCUUUGGCCGGCACCCCGUGCCCUCCCGCUGCCAGGCCCCCUCCUGUCAGGGAGGACAGUGUGCAAUAAGCUCCUCCGCCCGCAGGCUUCGUGAGCUUCGACAACCCGGCCAGCGCGCAGACCGCCAUCCAGGCCAUGAACGGCUUCCAGAUAGGCAUGAAGAGGCUCAAGGUGCAGCUGAAGCGGCCCAAAGACGCCAAUCGCCCGUACUGAGCGCCGGCGGGAGCGUCCCCCGGGGGAGACCAGGACUCGCACAGGGCAGGAUGCUGAACGGGCUACAUUAAAAACAAACCUCUUUCUCUCUCUAUUUAUAAAUGAGAACUGUUGGAUGACACCUUUGACAUAUCAGCCAAUACCAAUCAAGCUGAAGACUCCAGACACUCUGUGUGACUGUAACAUUUCUUCAAGGAAAGUAUAUCGUCUAUGGAGUGCAGAGGGCACGUGUUUGGGGAAAAAUAUACAUGACAUAAAGAUGACGACGACGAAGAAAAAUGAGAUAAAACAAACAAACAAAACCCCGCAACUUUAAAACAAAAUAACGUGAGCCCAGAUGGGGAAGCUGAAGGGCUGGGCACUAGGAGGAGACACUGCAGCUGCCGACCGAUCCUGGGGCUUUUCCAGCCCGCGGGCGCCUGAAGCAGGCAGGGGCAAGCGUGCAGCGGGGCCUGGUCCCCAGCAGGCGGCUGGGAGGCCGCCACUGAGCAUCUCUGUCAUUCCUUUAGCUAUUUAGGGACCAAAGGACCAAACUUUUUAUUGCAGAUGUGUAGCUCUGUCAAUUAGAGGUGGAAUGGAGACCAAACUCCUUCCUGCCUCCUUGGCUGUUCUUGAAACAGCUUAGAGCGAUUCUAUGAAAAAAAUGUAAUAAAAAAUAAUAAAAAAAACAAAAAAAAAAUAAAAAAUGAACAAAAAAAAACAGGAAAAAAUAUUGCUUCAACGCUUUUAAAACAGCAAGAUACUAGUUCUUUGAUACUUCGAGAGGCGCUUUGAUUACCCCCAUUGAAGUCUCUGAAACUUUCCUAUGGUUUUCUGUAUUAUAUGUCCGGAUGGAGCUGUUAAGAUAAACAUACUGGUGGAUAUUUGGGGAAAGCAACAAAGAUAUUAAAUCAUUAACCAUGAAGAGUGAGAACACAAGGGGAACCAGGGGACUUCGAAGGCAAGGUAAUUGUUGUGAAAAGUCUGUAAAUGCUUCUAACUCUUCCCCCUCUUAAAAUCAUAAUAGUUGUACAGAAUUUUAAAAGGAAAAGUUUAAAAUACCUAUAUCAUAGAAGAAAAAAAAUUAGAGGAAAGCAAAAAAAUAAAAAAUAAAAAAAAGGAAAAAAAAAACCUUAUAGAAGUUAGCGUUAUGCUAAAAUCCCAGAUGUUGUAGGACUGUACUUCUGUAGAGUUUAGACUGAGCAUCGAUCCCGUCUCCCCGCGAGUGCUGUCGGACUGGGUCCCUAAGGGCCAGGCCGGACUGUCCAGACCUGCGGGCUCCAGCCGGAAGCGCCCCUCCGCAAGGAAGCGUCUCUCCGGAAGCGUCCUGCCGCCUCUCGCUUCGCCCGCCCGCCCGGGAGCCGCGCGCACGCGUGCGCGCUCUCUCCGCCCUCCUCACCUCUGCUUCACACGCCUUCUGUGCUUGUUCGGAGACUUUCCAGGUCAGGGAGAACUGGGAACUUUUCAUCUUCAGACAACUAGACAACACACACACACACAAAACCUUAAACAAGAGAGAGAAAAACAAACAAUCUUUGAAGAAUUUCUGAAACUGUUUACAAGGAAUUUUGAAAAACAGGGAUGUUUAAAUGAUGCCGGCUCUGUUUUUCUGUAAAUAAAUUUGCAUAUUUUGUAGGACUUUUAAUUGUAAUGAUAGAGAAAAACAAGGAAAACUAUUUAAUGAAAGCACGAUAUUUAUCUUUGGUAAAUGACUUCAGAGCAGUUAAAGACAUUGCUUAAAAAAACUCAGAAUCAGAAAAAACACUGAAUUAUUUAAGAACACAUAUAUUUUAAAGUAUAACAUAUUUAUUAUAAUUUAUUUGCACCCUUGGGAAGACUUGCUGUGCAUUCUGCCUCAAGAGCUUCUCAUUGAUGUCCAUCUGGAGGCCAGAGGGGUCUCGGAACUACCAUUUUUUUUUUCCUUUAGGACGACGAAAUUCUGGUUGCUCUCAGGCCUCCUCCCUUUUCUUUCUGUCUGUUAUGUUGUUGUUUUACUUCAUUUAGUUUUCUUUUUCUUUCUCUUGACUCCUCCUUUUAGGAUGUCCAGAUGUUGUAAAAAAAAAAAAAAAUCAGCUGCAGUUCAGUACAACUGCUCUUUUCACACUGACUCCCGAAAACUCCUUGUAACCUUCUGUAACUAUUGGAUGACGCUUUCUCCAGCUUAGCCCUAA